UGGUGACAGGUCCAUCUGGGCACGCCUGUUGUCAAAAACAAACAGACGCCGUACAUAGCGAGGGUCAAGGUCAAAGCUGGGACCGUCCCUCCUAGAUGAGACAGUCAAAGCUCAGCCAGACGUCUCAGGGGGCUUCAGAGGGACCUGAUGUACAUGGACUAAGGACUCACUGUGCACAUCAUCAGAUAGGGAACGUCAAAUUAUUCGUACUAUUCGGAGCCUGCUGGUCUACUCUAACAACACCAGACCAGUACGAGUCAGUUCACCAAGAGACCCUGGAGGAGAAUGGCUCUCCAGCAGAGGGCAGUGUAAAACCAAGAGCAUCUCCCAUCCCGUCAGGUCCUCGAACAGUCUGUGCUGUCAGGAUCACGCCCCUGAAAACCAUGAAAGGCUCUCCUGACCUGAUUCCUGCCGCAGAUCUGGACCCCAGCAGAGUGUGCAAAGGAAAAGGCGUCGUGACUCUAAGGGCCACCCUCGUCCACAUAGAUGAUGAGGGCUGCAUCAGUGAAGAGCCAAACGUCAUCACAGCGCCAAGUGGCUGGACGAGCCAGAUUAAUGGAGACAGCUCUAAAGCAGGAUUGGCUGAGGGAGGCAGCAACAUCACAGCUGAUUUACCUCCUGUAAACAUCACUCAGUGCCAGGUCAAUUCACCAGAAAGCAUAAAGGAAAACCAGGGUCCAUCCUCCACUGACAUUCAGAACUCUAUCACCUCGUCCUCCAGCUCUGUCUAUCCCUGCACUAGCACAGGUCACCCCACCAUAGUCCUGCUGCAACACAACAGAGAGCAGCAAAAGCAUCUUUUUCAUUUAGAAGACCCAACCCCAGAAAGAGACAAAAGCCCUGAUCCUGGGAGGGACACAGUCAGUCCAGUCCCUGAUAUGGACGGGAAAAGACUGCGACUAUCACUGCACUCCCCUGUCCUCAGUCCUCUCAACAAGCCCAUUGUGCCUGUACGGAACACUGAAAAGUCCAAAGACUGGUAUAAGACGAUGUUCAAACAGAUACACAGAAUACCUGAGCCUAUUGAGGAAAACCCUUACCGCCCCACCUACAUUUUCCCUGAGAACUUUGACAUUCAGAUGAAAUCAAAAGAUGAUGGUCCCAGCCCCUUUGGUUACUUGGAAGAUGUGAAAGCGGUCCCGCGCUCAAAAAGCGACGCCGAGGUCAAUACAAGAGGCCGGUCGAUGCCGGUGCCAGCACGGUCCUCUUCCCUCAAACCCUCUGCCAAACGGAACGAGUGGGAGCCCCCGGAUAAAAAGGUAGACACCAGGAAGUACCGCGCCGAGCCCAAGAGCAUCUUUGAAUAUGAGCCGGGGAAAUCGUCGGUGCUGAAGCUGGAGAGAACGACUCAGGAUGUAAGUCCAGAAGAUGUAGAUUUAGAGAAUGAGCCUUGGUAUAAAUUCUUUUCAGAGAUGGAGUUUGACAAAGCGAGUGCCCCCUCUUUCAGCCCCCUGGAAACAGCCUCCGACCUGCAGCAGUACUCCUCGAGCAAGUCUGGACACAGCGAGGUGGAGAAGGACAGAGGAUCGUCCACAAGCGAGCCUGCGGCUCCAGAGUGCGACCGUCAUGUAUACAAGAGUGUCCUGGAGGGCGGCGACAUUCCCUUACAAGGUCUACGGGCCUUAAACAAGCGCCACAGCAGCUCUUCCUCCUCUAAAGUGGAUUAUAAAGGUGGGAAUGGCUAUAUAAUUUCACCCUGCUCCUCUGUAAAUAGUCGAUCGGUUCUUGCCAGUAAUGCAAUAGGUAACCAGUUUAAGAGUAAGAAGCCUCUUUCUGCUGCCAAAGCCUGCAUACCUCAAAUCCUGCCUUCUAAAUUCAAGCCCAAGCUGCUGCCGCCCAGUGGUGACAGUCAGGAGAGCAGAACUAAUGCUGUCAGGCACCCAAAGGCCCACAGCUGUGAGGAUUUGUACACAGGGCCAUGUGACACAGACUUUGCUGGAGCAGAGGAAAGGGAGAGUGGGCAAUAUUCAGACUCAAAGUCUACCUGUGGCAGCGGGUGUGCGGAUGGCCUCGGGAAUGUUUCCCCUGCAAUUAGGAGGAGCACAUCUGAGUUUUCCAGCCUCUACAGGACCAUGCAUCACAUCCAGCGGCCCAGCUCAGCCGGCUGCAGCCCCCACGGCAGCGUCCGGAGCCUGGCCUCCCUUUUUGAGAAGGCAAAGGCAGAGGGGGGUGAAAGGUCAGAAGCAGAUGACGGGGGUAACAUUCCACGGGAUGCGGUGUUGUCACGUGUGAGCGAGUUUGAAAUGAUCAUCCAGCGGUCCAGCUCAGUGCCCAGCCGCUCAUCCUCCCUGCCCACCCUGCACUCCAGCCACAGCCAUAGCCCCGACCACAUCCCCGCCCACCUCUACAUGGCGUCUGCGGUGUCGGCGGAGUCCCUUCUGGUAGCCGAUGCCACCCAGACGGAUGCCUCCUCCCGAGUGGAGACAGAGGGCAAGAGCUCCGAGGAGGAGGCCUUGUCACCAAGCAGUGUGGCGGUGGAGGAGGCUGCUUCCUCCUCAGAGGAGGGACACAACAUCCGGACUGAGUCCCCCUCUAACACUGAAGCUGAGGUUGAGCAGAUCUUCAGUAAAAGUUCCUCAGAACUGAUCCAGCAAAAUUUCAGUGCGUCAAAGAGUCCCUUAGCACUGUUUACAGCGUCCCCUCCACAACACAACCAUCUCCACCACCACCACCACCACCACCUCCUGCACCACCUGAACCAUCAGCUCCUCAAACCAAGCAAAUGUAAAGGCUCCUGCCCAGCCUCCUACACACGCUUCACCACCAUCCUCAGGCACGAGAGGCAGCAGGCCACAACCCAACAGGGGAGGCCGCCGACUCCGGAGAAGAAGACCACGCUGCCUGGAAACCUCUUCCUCAUGGGCCCUGCUCCCUUCAGGCCACGGAAGAAUCUGCAGUCCCACCAGACUCGGAGAACCGUGUUAGCCACCAAGGUGACGAUGGGCACACAGAGGCCCAGCAGCCUGUCCCCUGAGCUCAGACCUCUGAUUCCUCAGCGCCUGUCCUCCCUGGAGGUCUUGGAGAGGCUGAGUAAUGGAGAAGAUGGCCACACUGACCACCUGAGUAAUGGGCAGGGCUUGGACGCCAAUGGGAACCUACUGCAGCCGCUGGCAGCUCACCGCAGAGACUCGUCCCCAGCUCACGGGGAGAGCCAGGAUGAAGUGUUGCGGAGGCGUCAUGGGGACAAAGAGAAAAUCUUGGAGGAGCAGCGGCGGCUGAAGCGGGAACAGGAAGAGGCUGACACAGCGUCGAGGCGACACACAGGCAUUGUUCCGACGCACCACCAGUUCAUCACCAACGAGCGCUUCGGAGACCUGCUCAACAUCACAGAUAACACAGAGAGAAGGAAAUCAGGCAUAGAGAGAACUCCAGCCAUGGCUCGCUUUGACUUCAGAGCAGAAACUCUAAAGGAAUUACCAUUUCAAAAAGGAGACAUCGUGUACAUCAUUCGACAGGUGGAUCAAAACUGGUAUGAAGGGGAGCAUCAUGGAAGAGUUGGUAUUUUCCCCCGAAGUUACGUUGAGCUCCUUCCCCCCACAGAGAAAGCCCAGCCAAAGAAAAGUGUCCCAGUACAGGUCCUGGAAUAUGGAGAGGCUGUCGCCCGCUUCAACUUCAACGGGGACACGGUGGUGGAAAUGUCCUUCAGAAAGGGUGAGAGGAUCACGCUAAUUCGUAGAGUUGAUGAGAACUGGUAUGAAGGAAAAAUCUCAGGCACCAAUCGCCAAGGCAUCUUCCCCGUCACCUACGUAGAAGUGCACAGAAGACCUCGCAUCAAAAACGGGCUGGAGUAUCCCGACCCUCCUGUCAGCCAGUCGCCGCAGCGCAGCACCAAUGCUUCUCCUCAGUUUUAUCGUAAUCGCCUGACCACCUCCCCCCUACCCCUCCCUCGCUCCCCCCGCCGCUCCGUGUCGCCCGAGGUCCACGCUGUCUCCUCUGAGUGGAUCUCCCUGACUGUGGGAGGAGGGAGCCCUCCUGCCGCCCCCACCCCUCCCCUGCCGCCGCUGCCCACCGUGUCCUACCGCUGCGGCGAGUACCUGCCCCCGCCUUUCUCUGCCAGCCCCGUGCCUCCCAUCACCGGCAGCCCAUACUGCAUCUCCCCCAUGGCCUCCCCAUCUGCCUCCCCUCUACCUCCGCCGUACCCUCCCAGGCCCACCACUCCCUUCCUCACAUUCACCCCACCUCAGGGGGAGGACUUCCUGCUCUCCCCUCCCUCGCCACGUCUGUCACGCAGCGUGAGCCCCUGUGGCGGGCCGGUGCUGGAGGGCUGGCUGAGGGGGGAGAAGGAGUUGACAGAGGGGGAAGGCACAGAGGGGGACAGGGGCCGCGCAGCCCCGGGCAGCAGGCGAAAUAGCCCUGCAGAGUUUGUGAAGAAUGAGGCUGACCUUCAUGGACGGAGCUCCAGAAGCCCUGUGAUGCUGUUUGACAUCCAGGAUAACAACAACGUUAACUCCUUUGCGCAACCCCACUCCCACAGUAGCAGUCCAGAGCCGAGUCGUCUCAACUGUGGAAUUUUCCAGGCUUUGUACAGUUACGUGCCGCAGAACGAUGACGAGCUGGAGCUGCAGGAGGGAGAUCUCGUCAGCGUCAUGGAGAAGUGCGAUGACGGCUGGUUUGUUGGUACCUCAAAGAGGACAAAACAGUUUGGGACUUUCCCUGGGAAUUACGUGAAGGAGGUGAAACUGUAAAGAUAUCUAAUCUGGCUAUAACACGUGGUCGCCUGUCAAGCUUGGGAAGUCAUUACUAUCAUGCACGGCUGCUGGUUAGAAUAGUCAUUUAGCCAGGCGAAUCCAUUUUGUCUGGGGAAAGUGAUCGGUUUGGUUGAGGUAUGUCCAACUGCACGAGGCGAAGACAGAGACAGCUCACUGCCCAAACCUCAGUAGGGUGUACACCAUGAUCACAUUUUACACACUUCUUGACAGAAUACGUCCAUCUCCACAUGUGGAAUCUCUCUGUGAAAACCUACUACAAACUAGCUUUUAUUGUACAGAUAAUAGCUUCCAAUUUGUCCAUGUAAUUUUACAGUGCACAUGUGUUUACGUAGCACCUCAGUCUGGAGGCCGGCAGCAGAGCAGUGUUUAUGGAUCAAAGAGAGGAUCUUAUUACCUGAACUGGACUUUGGAGGAGUCAGAAUGUAAUUUUGUGUGAUGUCGGGUUGGAGCAGUUUAUCACGAGCUACCUUUCAGGACCAGAGGUGUUUAACAUGAUUAGCUAAGUAUGAUGCAAACCAUGCAUCGCGUGACUUAGAAAAAGAAAAAAAAAAAUCACUUCCUGUUGAUGUAACUUCCAGAAGAAAACCUUCAGUGUUUGGAUCAACUUAACAUACAUGUGUAGAGUUUGAUGUGCUGGUUCAUUCUUGUCCAACAGAUCAUUUUCAUCAGUUUAGAUUUAAGAAAAUUAUGUCAGUUCAGUGCCCUCUGGAGUUUAAAUACAUUCAGCGUUAUGUACAAUUUAUUAUUGGCUAUUUUUCAAGAACAUCACAGCAUUCACAAGCUUUAGAUACCGGUUCAGUAUUGUCUUCAUUUUCUAUCCAAAGGUUGUUGUACAACAGUUAUUGCGGUCAUGAUCAUGACUAGAAACACUAAAAUGUUGAAGUGUACUUUUAAUUUCUCUUUUUCUCAGUUACUACAUCAAACACAAAUACAGAAACUGUGGACUGUGUUGCGUGUCUCAUAGAAGUGAAGAGAAACUGUGUAUAUACACAUCCCAUAUUUUCAGAAAAGACUCAUUUGUCCUUUUAUUCCUCCUCUGUUGAAAUAGCAGUAAACUGUGUUUGCUGAUGGCUGAUGCCUGUAAGGUAGCUGCUGGUAGACGCCUGGCUCCAGCUCAGCUACAGGACAGGCGUGGUAGCACUUAACUUCCUGUUGGGUCGAUUAGGGAGAUCCCACCUAACAAAAUAAUAGAUUAAUAAUCAGUGAUGACACAAAAAGCUAUUUAAUGUAUUAAAUGAAAGCUAGCAAGGUGUCUUAGAAAAUAAUCAUACUGAUUUUUAAAAGCAUAUUGAGAUUUUAACCAUGCCCUUACUGACAAGAUUGUAUGUUUUAGCCAUGUAAAUGUGUACAGAAAACUUUAAGAGGCCUUCCAAAUAUGGCUACAUAUUUUCAUAUGUAAUGACAACAACUUGAGUAAUACAGUUAGGGGAAUGAUUCAGAUAACGGUCAGCAUGCACUGUAAAAUCAGUCAGAAGUUGACAAAUCGAGUCAGAGCAUGAAACACUAUUAGCUAACGCUUCUGUAUUUGCAUAUAGCGUAAAGAAAACAGAAGUGAAGGCAGGGUUAAGAGGCUGCUCUUUGAGCUUCAAUAGCUCCCUGAUGGAAGAGAUUGGUUUGAAUUCUGCUAUCGAAGCAUCGGAGCCGUCUUCCUGCGCAGUACAGAGCUCCCACAUCUCCGGCCCCAUCAGAUCCCGUAAAACACACUGUCAGAGUAGGCCCCUCUACAAGCACAGAUGAUAGCUAUUGUUUUUCUCUGCUUGUGUUUCCAUCAAAUGCCUCGCUGUCAUCAACCUCUGCGAUUUGCUGUCUAAUAGCACUUGCAAAUCAUUCUUAGUGCUUGUUAAGACCUGCUUGGAGCAGCGGACGGGUGUAGUUUGCAGGGAACUCGCUGCAAAAGUAUUUUAAAAAUCUGUUUAAUUUCUACCAGGAGGGCUGAUGUAGUCAGUUAUCCGAAGCGCCGAGUAGCUGAAGUCGGAUCUUUUUCCCAGUCCACACAUUUCCAAUCAAAUGGUGCCAGACUGUCAGUGGCCCUACCUUUUAGCAUAGCUCUUUAUGAUUGCCUGAGUACACACAAUCUGAAACUUUAAGUGAAGUAUAGAAAAAUAAAACAUAGCACUCGCUAGAUCUAAAAGUGUUUGUUUACUAUAUCUUUUUUUUCUGCAUUUGAAUGUUCAACAGUUGUGCGCAUGUUGAUCAUCACAGCACAACUGUUUGAACAUGGUGUGAGGCUGUAUGCGGCUCAAAGUCUAAUAAUUGAUGAAGCACAUUCAUUUAACAAAAUUCAGCAGCAGUCAGUGUUUCGUCCUCCCUGACGUUUGCGGUUGAGACAAAAUCAGGUGUUUCUUCCCGUGCAGAUCACCACUAACAAUUCUGCCUCCAUCAACGAGGGAAUAUUGCCCUGCAAGAUAAAACACAUAAUAUAUUACACUGCAUUGUGGGUUUGCUUGUAUAGCACUGAUAUAAUGUUCAGGUAUUUUGUUACACCCUCCACUGCUGGCUAAACCUUUUCUCUCCUGUGUAACUCCAGCCCCUCGUGAAUGUGCUGAUUGGUCGGGAGUCUGUUGACCUUUAGGCUUGUCCACAACAGUUUUUGUUCCCCGACAGAGCAAAAGAAGAGACGGUUCGUUCUGUCUCAAACACACAAGACUGUAUGGUGGACUAAAGCAAUCGCUCAUUUAGUCACAACACAACUCACUAUAGAUUGUUUCUGUGAUAUUGCGCUCCACAAAACAUCGCAGGAUGUAUGAAUGUAUGAAUAUAUGAAUGUGGCGCAGUGUACACAUAAUUUGUAAAAAAAAAAAAAAUUUAAAAAAAAAGUCUGAACUUUCAUCCUGAAUGAACACGCAGACUAUUUGAGCAGCACGGCACAAGAAGGACUGUAAAUAUGUAAAAUAAAAAAAAUAGACUGCCAGCGAUGGGAGCGUCAGAUUGAGCUCUCAGUUACUUGCAGUGGUUUAUUUACCUGAAGGAUUUUUGGCAAAGCACAGAUUGGAGCGUUACUAAGCACAGGAAGUUGGACGCAUAUGAACAUUACUCUGCCAUUUGUGAGGGUUAUAAUGCCUUAUGUUAGAUGCAACAUCGUGCCUCAUUUUCAUUUAAUGGUUUUUCUUUUUUUUUGGAGUAUCACUGAAAUGUAUCCAUGACAUAUUUAAUGUAACCAUGGUUUUCCCAUUUGUCCUAGUCUCUGUGAUGGGAGGACAUUUACUAAGAGCUUGUCAGCUACUCUGCAAGUACCUACAAGUGUGACACAAUGCUUCACCUUAAUGAUUAAUAAUCAUAUGAAUUGACUAGUUUAAUGAGACGCACAACCUGCAACAGGUUUGGUUUGUUUGCUUCAAUUUGCAGUGCUGUUACAUUGACAAUAUUAAAGUAAAGAUACUAUACACUGCUGUGACUUCGGUAUUAUGCAAUAUUUAAUAAACCAUUUAAACCAU